UUCCACAUAUUCUCAGAAUCUUUUCUCAUAUAUACUUCUCUUAUUUCAUUAUAUUUUUCUUUGCUGUAACUUUCUUGGUUCUCACAGACCAAACUACAUAGUUGCUUAGAAAGAAAAGAGAAAAAGAGAAGAAACCCAACAAAGACAAGUCUCAUCUCAUCUCAUCACCAUCACCAUCACCAGAAGCAGAAGCGUCAUGUGUGUCAAGGACGCAGAACAAGUUGAGGAAACAGUGGGAGAAAAUCUUGAUAAUAGCAGCAGCAGCGGUGACAACAACAACAACACCAAGCAGAAGCCUUUGCAGCAUACCCAGAUGGAGAAUUUGAAUGAGGAAUCUCCUGUGCCGGGCUCCACUAUAAUGAGCUUCAUACCAAAUUCACUUCCUCUGGAGAGCAUUUCCGAGGAUAGGGUAGUUGUAGAUAAACAAAAUCAGUUUAACUUUGUCCCCGCUCUUCGUUCUGGGGAGUGGUCGGACAUUGGCAGUCGUCCUUACAUGGAGGAUACUCAUGUGUGCAUUAGUAACUUGGCUGAGGAAUAUGGCAAUAAUCUUCUCAACAAAGAAGCUAUCUCCUUCUAUGGUGUGUUUGAUGGACAUGGAGGAAAGGCUGCAGCACAAUUUGUUCGUGACCAUUUGCCAAGAGUUAUUGUCGAGGAUGCCGACUUUCCUUUCGAGCUUGAGAAGGUAGUAACAAGGUCUUUCAUGGAGACUGAUGCUGCAUUUGCAAAAUCAUGCUCUAUUGAAUCCUCCCUUUCUUCUGGUACAACUGCACUAACUGCAAUGAUAUUUGGGAGAUCUUUGCUUGUGGCAAAUGCUGGUGAUUGCCGGGCAGUAUUGUCACGGUGUGGACGAGCUAUUGAAUUGUCAAGGGAUCACAGGCCCUGCUGCAUAAAAGAAAAGACGCGGGUUGAGUCUUUAGGUGGUUUUGUUGAUGAUGGUUAUUUGAAUGGCCAGUUAGGUGUCACCCGAGCUUUAGGUGAUUGGCAUCUUGAAGGAAUGAAGGAGAUGGGUGACGAAGGAGGUCCUUUGAGUGCUGAACCAGAACUCAGACUGAUCACAUUGACUAAAGACGAUGAGUUCUUGAUUAUUGGUAGUGAUGGUAUAUGGGAAGUCUUCAGCAACCAAAAUGCUGUAGAUAUUGCUAGAAGGAAGCUUCAGGAACACAACGACGUGAAACUAUGUUGCAAGGCUAUAGUAGAGGAGGCAAUAAAACGGGAAGCGGAUGACAAUUUAACGGUUGUAAUGGUGAGUUUUCACUUGGAUCCACCUCCUCAAGUGGUGGUGGAAAGGCCAAGAGUCAGAAGAAGCAUAUCUGCUGAGGGACUUAACAAUCUCAAAAGCCUGUUGGAAGGAACUUUGAACCUGUAACUUUACUUUGUCAAUCUGUUCCAUGAGAUUGAGAGGUCAAGUUCAGAAUCAGUCAAGCUGAUUAAUCAGAGUUAUAUCUGUGCUGUGUACAUAUUCAACCACCAAAAAGAAACUGCCUUUUUGGCUUCCUCAUUUACUUUUCUGAUGCUUCAUUGGGUUCCUGGAUAGAUGGAAGAGAAAACAGCAGAUACAUGAGCUCACCAAAUUUUGGGACAAGUAUUUGUAGUUUUGUCUUUCUUUUACCUCUCUUCCAUGUCAGCAGUAAGGGAGGUCAAGAUAAUUCGUCGAAAUAAUUUGUAAAUACAUUAUUCUUAGCUUUUCAAUAUCAGUUUUUCAAUACAUACACUGAACUGUAUAUAACACAUUGAUUGGAUUGUUAACCAGUAUUAUUGGAUACCUUAUCCCAGUUAA